GCGUGCACGUCACCAGUAGACGGUUAUGCGGUGCAGAAAUCAAGGUGGAGAAACAGCGCUGACUGAGCCGAGAAAUCGGAAGUGACUUUCAACGGAGACCCAUCUCAUUCGGUUUUAGAUUUUAACUCAGCUGUGUGAUCUGCCAGACAAGAAACCUUUCAUAUGAGAAGAUGGCAAGUGGAUCAAAUUGGUGUUAGUUCCAGCAUCUGUUUUGCUGUGGUCUGGUGUGUCGCUGUGGAGGAAGCAUCCAAGCCCAAGUAACCUCGGCUUGCACAAGAGUGUGAGAUUGUGUCUCUGCUGAGGAGUUGCUCGGGACUGUUCGCCAGCUCCUUACUCGGGGCAGAGACAGCGCCCCCACCCUCCUGACACAAUGGUGCUGUCACAGAGGCAACGAGAUGAACUAAAUCGAGCAAUAGCAGAUUAUCUGCGCUCCAAUGGCUACGAAGAGGCAUAUUCUGUUUUUAAGAAGGAGGCAGAGUUAGAUAUGAAUGAGGAGUUGGAUAAGAAGUACGCAGGCCUUUUGGAAAAGAAAUGGACUUCAGUCAUCAGAUUACAAAAAAAGGUUAUGGAGUUGGAGUCCAAACUAAAUGAAGCUAAGGAGGAGAUAACUUUAGGAGGCCCCGUGGCACAGAAACGAGACCCCAAAGAGUGGAUCCCACGCCCGCCUGAGAAGUACGCCCUCAGCGGUCACAGAAGCCCUGUCACACGCGUCAUCUUCCACCCUGUGUUCAGCCUCAUGGUCUCCGCCUCAGAGGACGCCACUAUAAAGGUCUGGGAUUACGAGGCUGGGGAUUUCGAGCGGACCCUGAAGGGUCACACUGAUUCGGUGCAGGACAUCUCCUUUGACCAGACUGGAAAGCUGCUGGCUUCUUGCUCCGCGGACAUGACCAUCAAACUGUGGGACUUCCAGGGCUUCGAGUGCAUCAGGACCAUGCACGGACACGAUCACAAUGUGUCGUCGGUUGCCAUCAUGCCCAACGGGGAUCACAUAGUGUCUGCUUCAAGGGAUAAGACCAUGAAAAUGUGGGAAGUGGCCACUGGUUACUGUGUGAAGACGUUCACGGGUCACAGGGAGUGGGUGCGUAUGGUCCGGCCCAAUCAAGACGGCACACUGUUGGCCAGCUGCUCUAAUGACCAGACGGUGCGCGUGUGGGUGGUGGCCACCAAGGAGUGCAAGGCGGAGCUGCGGGAGCACGAGCAUGUGGUGGAGUGCAUCUCCUGGGCCCCCGAGAGCGCACACCCCACCAUAUCUGAGGCGACAGGCUCUGAGAACAAGAAGAGUGGAAAGCCUGGGCCAUUCCUGUUAUCUGGAUCCAGAGACAAGACCAUUAAAAUGUGGGAUAUAAGUACUGGCAUGUGCCUUAUGACACUGGUCGGCCAUGAUAACUGGGUGCGUGGAGUUCUGUUCCAUCCGGGUGGGAGAUUCGUAGUGAGCUGUGCUGAUGACAAGACCCUCCGUAUCUGGGACUAUAAGAACAAGCGCUGCAUGAAGACCCUGUGUGCCCAUGAACACUUUGUUACCUCUCUGGAUUUCCACAAGACUUCUCCUUACGUGGUGACAGGAAGUGUAGAUCAAACGGUCAAAGUGUGGGAAUGUCGCUGAACGCCGUAGGAACCGCCCCUUUCCCUUCCUCCCAGCACCACCACCACCACUUUGGCCACUCCCACACCUGCUCUUCAGGACGCACUCAUUACUAUGGUUACCACCUCAUCCAGCUCUCUUCUAAUUACUAUUGUCCUUUUAUGUAAAUUACUCUGGAUGUAGUUUGAGCUUAUUAAAUGUUACACAAGACACUCACAAGAAGAAAAAAAGUUAGUAAAAAGUCAAACAAGUAUUCUUGCAUGGUGAAUCCAAAACUUGUAUACUGUAAAUUUUUUGCUUCUCGUCAUCUAAAGUACGGCUCUCGCUCUCGCCUCGAGCGUUUAUUAACAGAAGGCAGAAUGAUGCUGUUUGGGGAAUUCAGAAACCGUUUUACGUGUAGUUUCCUUUGAACGUUUGUCGCAUUCUGCUUUACAGAAGAGGAAGGCUUAACAAUGAAACUGACCGAAGAUGAACCGCUUAGUUACUUCACCUUAUGAAUGUCUGGAUGCGCAGCUCUCCCCUCGUGUUUGGUAGGAGACCGCUUCAGUUCACAUCCAUGAAGUCCUUAUCCAUUUUAAAAACACGUUUGUGAAGCAGUUUAGGCGAAACAAAAUCGAAGAAGGGGGAUCUCUUUUAUUAGGACAUGGAUCAGUAAAGUGCACUUGUCCCUGGAGGCAAUACCGUUUCACGCAAGGUUUACAUUGUUUGUUUGUUUUUGUACAGAAAAUAUAAUUCUGACACCCUCCUUCGCCACGGCUUGGUAAUGGAGGGCCUUGAUAUACUUUAUUUGCUGAUAGAGGGCAAGUGAGGUGCCAUUUUACUCAUUCUCCAUUUUCAGGACUAUGGGACAGAACACUUCACACAAACGCUUUCACGCUAUUCUCAAAAAUGGCUUAAUCUGUUCAUAGGUUUCAUUAACCCCUCCUGGCGAACCACUCGACGUCGUUUGAUGUAGCGCUUUCAUUGCUUCUCCGUCAUUCUGCUGCCCGUGUGCCGGAGAAGUCGCCCGUACAGGCUUCUCGACGUGCUCCGCGGUUCUGCUCGGUCACCUCGUGCCGACGAGCGAUCUAGUUAGUCUUGAACCGGGGAGGUUUUUGGCGACACUCGCUGUCCUCGUGGCGUUUGAGGACCACACUUCCAUGGUAGAUCGACGUGCAAUAUCUAUAGGCUGCUCUGUGUUAACUAUUAAGGUGUGUAUGUGUUUUCUACGAACACAUUUAUUGGAAGAUGGCGUGGGCAGACAGACAAAGAGCCACUGGCGACAUUUAGCAUCUUCUAAGGCGAGUAGUUUGCUGUGCUCGCUGUUUUGAACAGUAGAGCCAUGUGUGCCCAAACACUGCCAUCCCAAAAGCUGUGUAUGUAGAAUCUGUGUGUGUGUGGACGUCACUUCCUGUCUGUGAGCACACAGCGGACUCUGACUCCAGCUAUUCGCUUUCUCUGCCUUGUUAAUGUACUGAGAAUCCCCAAUAUUGAGGACUUCAUUCUGCUUUUUGUGGUCUCACUGUUGAUGCACUCACAUAAAUAAAUAAUUGUUCAUCAGUAUAUCUUGAUGUCAUUGUUUGCAACAUAAUUAAAAUAAUAAAAUAUCUGUAAAUAUAAAUCAG